AUGAAACCUUCUGCUCGAGUAAGUGAUGUGCAGUACAAGUACCUACACUAAGUACUUUUCCCCUUUUCGCCACGGCGUAACUUAGUAGCUGCGCAGCAUUCACAUUCUCAUCCGGGAAAAAAAAAACUGGGGCAACAUUUAUUGAAUUCUUCUAAAUAUUUGAUAUUUGAUAUUUGAUAUUUGAUAUUUGAUGUUAGAUAUUAGAUCUUAGAUAUUGGCGUUACAUUUGCAGCCUUUCAGCAUCGCAUCCCACCGUACAACUCAGCCGUGUGGUGCCCCUCUUUUCUUCAGCGCAACAGUAGCAACACAACCACCCUCCAACAUCAUACUCACAAAGAAAAAAAAACCCCCCUCCAACAAACCCACCCAUCCCUAUCCUCAACCCCCAUGGUUCUUCGCAAUGGCAAGCUCCCCUCCUUCCCGAAAAAACAAAUCACAACAAGCUAACGCAUAAGAAAAAACAGGGCUGUUGUCUAUCCCACUCCACCACAUCCAACUCCCCCUACCCUCCAGAACCCAAUUCCUCCUCGCGCGGAAUCACCUCCUCCCAACCACAAUCCCACUCGGCCCUCCCGCGCCCCUCAACCCACGGCUCAAACCACAGCACCCACCACUCCACACGACACACCCAGCCACUAUCCACACACAUCAACCGACCGCUCAAACGACACGUCUGGACGUGUAAAACCCGUCUCUGGACACGGAGCGACAUCGAUCGUGAGCGGACCGAUUUCUUCGACACCCGAGUCUCUGGGAGACCGGAGAUAUGGCAGACGCUGCGCGCCGCGCUGGAGAUCCUGCGUGGGAGCGAGGAAGGAGGCGCGGAUGGCGAAGAAGCGAUGGCGACUGCACAGUUGAUACUUGAUGCGGCGGGUAUUACGCUGCCGACGGGGGAUCUGGCGAAUGGGGCGUAUGAUGGGUUUGGGGGUUUUUAUCCUAUGCCUGAACAUAUCGUGGCGGAUCCGACGAAUAUGGCGCAUUCGCCAUUGUUGGUGCCGGAUGACGAGGAUAAAGACGGGGAGAGUGAUGAGCCUGAUGAGGAGGAGAUACUGCGGCGGAGGGAGGAGAAGGGGAAGGCGGUUGUGAAUGAUCGGGAUUUGAUCAGUGUUACGGCGAGACUGAGUGAUGGGGCGGGGCAGGAUAUUGUUGUGAGUGUAGGGAAAGAUGAUACGGUCAGGUUUCUUGCUCGGAGAUUACUGGAGGAGGCGGGGGUAAGUUCCCCUUCAUUUUUCUUCAUUUUCAAAAUCCAUUAGGGAACUGAAAGAUGGCAUACUGAUCAUAUUGCAGCUCUCCCAUCCAAAAUCCAUACGAAUAGCAUAUAUGGGCAAAAUCCUCAAGGACAACCAAUCCCUCACAGCCCAAGGCUGGAACCACCAACACAUCAUCAACGCCCUCGUCUUUGGAUAA